AUGCGCCCGGAUCCACCGCGUCCACCUAACAUAGAGUCCUCGCGGGGUGACGAUGAAGAUCGGGGGCAGGAGGCGAUUCAAACGACACCCCGAUCGCACCAGAGGCGUCCGUCUGAAAUCGUCAUUUCCGAAGCCCAGCAAAGUGUUAGAGGUGCACCAUCUCCAACAUCGAUACCAGUGAGUUUUAGAAGACCACGCCCAGUUUCUGGCCCCCCACGGUCUGCUUCAGAGUCUCCGUUAUCCUCGAUACGGGCUACUACAGAGACACAUCCGAAGCCCAAGUCACGACCUCGCUCGACGGAGUUCAAGACCUCGACAGAAAUGCGUCCGCUGUGGCUUGUUGAAAGACAUCAAUCACACCAGAGGCCUUCGUCUACUGAAACAUAUCCUCCCCUUCCUGAAAGUCAUAGUACCUCAGCUGCAUCGUCGAUACAUGACCCCGAAGAAGCUUACAACGAUACGCACAUUGGUCGCGGCGGCUCGAGCACUGCUGAUGAUGUCGUUGCUACACUCACUUCAGGCCAUGAGCCACCCACAGACGUUCUCGACUCGGAGCAGUCUACGCCUACUGCGACUUCUUUCGAUCCUCAGCAAGUAAUAUUUCCACCAGCUCCUGCUCUAAAAUCUCCAUCGCCGCCUCGAGCCGCUCAUGUAGAUUGGAACUCCACACACCCCAGCUUCCAAGACACUUCAGUGAACACUGGGAGUGGAGUUGCUACUACUGCGGCUCUAGAUAUAGCAAGAGAUUCUUCGAUCAAGGAGCCUUCCGUUAGCGGAGUAGACUCUAUCCAACCUUUCGGAACUAGAAACAUACAGCCAAAGAAUGAUUUUGAGAGGCAGGAAAAAGUCUCAACUCCUUGGUCGGAAGGUGACGGUACUUUUUCGCUGAAGGAGCAAAUUGGUUCUGCGAUGCCUGACAGGAGCGAACUGGCCGACCGAUCCCACACAGAUCUGAACGUCAUCUCUGCGAGUUCUGAAGAUAGCACUAGGUCUAUAGUGUCUACCCCGGAGCCUGGAAAAGACGCCGUGACAAGUGAUUUGCCUCGAGGACAAAGCAUGCAAAGCAUGAUUGAGUUUACUCGUGGUGAAAACAGCGCUCCACCUGUAAUAGAGGAGCCAGCCGCCCAGAGUAAAGCUGAGCAAGUGCCUGGCGAAGCUGCGCAAGGAAAUGUAAUCUUCGUGAACUCUGUUGACACUCACACCGACCAAGAAGACUCGCAAGAUGCUGCCAAUGCGCACAUCUUAGGGAGGCAUGUAGAAUCGGGAAGAAACGGAAAAGUCGACAUAGUGCCUCUCGUCUUCGAUGCCGAGCAAACCUUGUCUGACACCGCCAAAGGUGACGAUGAUUUUCAGAAAACAGGUAAUUGGGCUGCUGUUGAUGCCACGCGGGCCCCGAGGCGAGCUUAUGAUGAUCUCGAGGAUACUUCGAAAGGAAUGUCUGCUCUAGAAACUCAAGAAAAUGCGAUUGCCAGCGGGGUACCCUUCGAUCACAGUAAUGUCACUCAGUCACUUGAAGAAACCCUCGUAGACACUACCUCCACAAAUACGAAGAAAAAGAAGGGCAGGAAAAAUAAAAAGGUCAAGUCUGGUAGCCAGACACAGGAAUUCGCGGCUAUGCCGCCAAUCGAGGCUGAGGGCAGCUCCGUCGAACGAGACGAGCCAGUCUUGGACACAGCUAGCUCUGCGAUUAACACUGUGGAGCGAGGGCACGAAGAAUCCACAGAAGAGGGACCAAUCCAUCUCCCAGAAAACAUACAGGCUUCUCGGAAGAAGAAGUUUGAAGAGCCAACCGCAUUGGAAGUUGAAGCGUACGAUUUGAUUACUCCACACUCUCCAAAGACAGAUCUGCAACGCGAAAAGGGUGAUCUUAAUACCGCCGACCUUGGUCAAUCUUCUCGUCUCCAGACUUCUGCUACCGAUCGUGAGGCACAAAAUGCCGCUGAUCUCAGUGGGCCAGAGGUAGACGAAGGUCUUGUUUUGUCCACAACACCCAGCGAAGUCGUACUUCCGGGCUCCAAUUUCCCAGCUGUUGAAUCAAACAGUACUCAGGAUUUAUCUAGUCCUGUUUCCCAUGGGGUUCUACACUCCGCGAUGGAAGGAAAGGAAUCGAGAGGAGAGUUUGUCGAGACACAUGAAGACCCCGUUCAGAUUCAUGGUAACAACCCGGCAACGCUCACUGAGCCAAGUCACGAGCACGCCAGCCAGUCUUUUACGGAAGAAGCUAUGCAACAGAAAGAGGUCCUUGCGUCACCUGUCGCAGAGAGACCAUUGGAUAGCGCCAGUAAAGAAGAAGAUCCAAAGAUACCCCACGAGAUAAGUCCAGUCCCAGUCUUAAAUAUUGCCACACCUGCAAUCGAGGCCAGAAGCACCCAAGAAAUACCCCAGGUACUUGGGCCUCAGGCUGAGACGGAACCACUAGAGACUACGUUUAUACCCAAGACAAUUGAGCACGGCACUAAUUCAGCAGCUAUUGCACAAGAGAAAGAGGUCUCUGGAAGUCGUCUAGAACAAGAAGACCAUGAAAGGAGUACGACUCAAGCUGAACAAGGAAUCGUUUCGUUUGUGGCAAAUCCCGAGACCAAGGGCUCUUCUUCACCUCUAGUCGAUGUCAUGGAUUCCGCGAACGCCACCAAGCCUAAGGGUAUGACACCAGGAGAUCUCGAACCUGAUCUAAAUACCUUCAGCAGGACGGAGGACAAGGAUAAACAUGAUGAGCCGACUGUGUCUAGCAUCGACUUCGACCAUGAGGAUUUGGUGAUCCAUCGUGAAAGUAACAGAAUUCCGGAUGCCUUCUUUUCAGCUGAACCUAGUGAAGCCUCUGUUGAACGAUUGAUAGCUCCCGAACAACACGAGCAAGACGCAGUAAGUGAGCCAAGUCCACAGGGAUUCGCCGGAAGCAGUGCAGUAACGGAAGAUUCGACCGAACAACCCGCUAACCAGAAAACGCCCUGUACUGAGCUCCCAUCAUCACGCGAGCCAGAUAGGCAGGAUGAAGAUGCUCAUUCUAUCAAACAGGAGCAUCUCAAAAAUACUGACUCAACGUCAGAUGAAGCGCCUAUUCCUGCUGAACCUCUCGCAUCUCCCUUUGGGCCGUCAGGAACAGACGACUUUCAGGCACAGAUUGCCCCCCAAGAGCCAGCCAAACAAGGGUCCCCAAAAAUAGCUGCCGGGUCACAAGAGGUUUUCGAUAUUCCGACGAAGCGGGACAAGAAGAAAAAGAAGAAAGCCAGAAUCCUUGACCUCGGUGAAGCAGAGGGCAGCAGAGACGCCCAGAAUCCGCCUCUUGAAUCUCCAGCUAACGUGGUUGCUGACGACAGCAUUAACGGUACCGAUGCAACGAAAGUUGUUGAAGAAGCCCCAGAGCCCAAGGUUGCAGCUGAUGCCGUUCUCACUACAAAGAGCAAGAAAGAUAGGAAGAAGGAAAAGAAGAGAGCGAGGACCUUUGACUUGGGAGAAACGGACGAAAGUGGAAGCAGGGACGCUUUAAGCGUUGAGCCUUUGGCCGACGCGGCAUCUGACGGCCAGCAUGGAGCAAUAAGUCCACUUGAAUCAGGCGUAGGAGUGAGAGCUCAAACCAGGGUGCUUGGUGACGAAGCUUUCGUUGCAGAGAACGAGAGGGAAGAAGAGAAAGAGGGGAGUUACGAGCUAUUCCAGGAGGAAGAUAGAGACGAUAAAAAGCUAUCUGUUGGGCUUGUCGCCGCCCCAAGUGCUGAUGGCAAAGCCUAUAACGCCGAUUCAGCACCAAACAUUGAGAUUGAAGAUGCAAAGGCUGUCUUCGACGAUUUCUCAGGUAGUAAGAAGAGAAAGGACAAGAAAAGAGAGGAAAAGAAUUCAAAGAAGUCCAAAGCCGUGAUAUUUGAGAACGAUGACGCAGAAAUCCUAGAUAGCGCCGAUACAGCUGCAACACGAGAUCAACCUGAUGAGAUCGAUGGAGCACUCAGAGAUGAGCCUCCUAAUGAGCCGUUUGCCAUGGGAUUGUCACCCCGAGCAGAGGAGGAGAAAAAUACCAUAGACGACUACGAUUCGGCCCCGCUUAGCAAAAAAGACAAGAAAAAAGCAAGGAAAUCUAAGGUUGUCACGUUCGUGGAAGAAGGGACCAAAGCUGAUGCAGACAAGACUCCAGCUCUGGAUCAAUUCGACGAGGAGGCCAGAACUCCUGGAGAUGAUUCUUCAAGUACGCCACCGGUAUUUAUUGCAGAGGAUCAUUCCGGUGAAAAGGAGGAUCCUACUGUUGAGACUGCUCAUGCGUCUAAGAGUAAGAAGGACAAGAAGAAGGGUAAGAAGGCCAAAGCAGACAUACCAGACGAAGAGGAGGUAGUUGCAAAAGCGGAUAAAGCUGUAGUGGCGGAUACAUCUGUUGAAGAUGCAGAAGCGCCAGCAAACUAUGAUUCUGAGAAACCUGCUACAAGCAUUAAUAUCUUCCACCCAGAAGUAGACGAAGACCCUACAGAAGAGCUCUUCCCUACGCUCAAGAGCAAAAAGGACAAAAAGAAGGCUAAGAAGACUCAGGCUUUAUCCACAGGAGAACCUGACCCGAAAGUGAUCAGCGAAUCUGUACAAGAUGAAGCCGCCGGCGGAGGAUCGAGAGUUGUUGCAGUCGACAAGAUUGACGAGGCCAGCGAGACCCCAGGCGCAGAAAGUCUGGUUGUAGUAGAAGACCCAGAGCUCGGUACAGAUGGCUUUCUUGCUCCGAAGAGCAAGGAGAAGAAAAAGGAUAAGAUACAGAUCGGCCGACCUCAAGAGGCGCAAGAGUCAGUUGCGACUGGUCCUUCAAUGAAUAAUGAGGCAGCUCGUAAUGCAGAGGGGGCUUUUGUCACGGAUGACACGAAUGACGUUCGAGCGAAAGAUAUUGUUGACACGACAGAUGAGCCUAAGUCUGUUACGGAAAGCUUCGCUACCCCCAAGAGCAAGAAAGAUAAGAAGAAGGCCAAAGGAGCCCAGAUAACUCCGUUUCCAGAGGAGAGCAAUGCUCUCGAAGCUGCACAAGGGCAAGUGGUUGAAGCAUUGCCCGGUAAAGAAGACUCGACGGGGACUGGUGAAAUAGCUCAAGAAAAUUUGGCGAAUUACCAUCAACCUGACGAGGCUGAGGUAGCAAUAUUCGGCGAAAAGAUGUUGAUGACUCCUGGAACCAAGAAGGGCAAGAAGUCAAAGAAAGGGAAAAAAUUAGAUUUCGACCCUUGGCCUGUUCCCCUUAGUGAAGGUAUUAGCACAGAAGAGCCCUCGACCGCACUUAGAAAUCCAUCGCUUGAAGAUCAAGACGCGUCACGAGGAUCUCAGAAAUCGCAAGGGCCUAAGAAUGCUUUCGACAAGGAUAGUCAGCCAGCUGAAGCCUCGUCCGAAAACGGGGAUGGUAAAAAUUCCAAAGCCUUGAGCCGCAACGCGGACCCGCUCUUGGCGGCUGAUGACGAGGCAAAGCGUGAUCUGAAUACAGAGACUAACGACGACAGCGUCUCAGCCAAUAAAGAAAAGUCUCCAGGCGCAGAGCCCGAAGGAAUCAAAGAAGAUCAUGCUGUGGACAAGCUCGACACCCAAUCUGGGAAGUUGCGUGAUGCAAAGGACCCACCUGCUGUCUCCGUCGAGGAAGAUUUCUCUUCACCGCAAAUUAUGACAGAGGCGCAGUCUGUUCAUGAACCCUCGUCGUCGUCUGUGUCAGAUCAACUAUUAGAUCACAGUAUACUUAUGUCACAAGUCGAAGAAGCUCCUCAGAUCCAAGGUGGCAACACACUCGUGGAUGAUAAUGAGGCGAAAGAACAGCCUGGGUCUCAUUCACAUCCUGAGCAACGCACAUUCAGCACUGAAGAAGCAGCUGCAGUUGAGGAAAGGCCAGAAGCAGAUCGGCCGGCGCGAUACGCUCAAUCGUCCCAAAGCGUCAGUGUAGAAAGCUCCGCCCCACUACCAGCAGAUCGCGGGGAGCAACAACGCCAAGAGCAAAAUGACAAUAUUCAUAUCCCUGUUUUUGAAUCUCGCCAAUCUCUAGCUACUUCAGAGGAUCCAUCAGCGGCGACCGAUGAUCCACAAAUGGAUACGGAAGUUGCAAUCGAAGACAGGAUCCAGGAGAUACCGACAAUGCAAUUGCAAGAUAUUCAAGAGCUCCAACCCACAGAAGUUGAGGGUGCAAGGGGCGAGUUGCUGGAAUCAAAUGCUAUAGGAUUUCCUGGCGACGAGAAUGAUUCUUCUUCGACACCAGUGGUACCUACCGAACUGCAUCAUGACUCCUCAGAUCGUAUGCCUGGAGCUUUCGCGGCCGACGAGGAAUACGCAUCCCGAACCGAGCCACCUACGUACAUCGAAGAAGCCGAAAAACCGGUAGAUAACCACCUAUUUCGACGUGAUGCUCAAAAAUUCUCUCAAAGCGUCGACGAGACCUUGCAGGGUAGCAGCGAUGCUCCAAUUGCAGAAGACCCUCUCUUUCAACGGCCCGAAACCGAGGAUGUCGAGGAUGUAAAUGAAUUUUCGGCGUUUCUCUCUAAGAACAAGAAGAAAAAGAAAGCGAAAUCUGUCAAGAUUACAUCAGAAGAGCCAGAAAUUAUUCAUGGGCCACAACAGUUGCCACCGAGUAUGGAGUCUCUUGACAGUGUCAACCCGGUUGAUGCCGAGGAGCAGGACCAGUCUGACCAGGAAUACACCAGCAAAUCCAAGAAAGCAAAAUCCGUCAAGAUCGCAUCUGAAGAGCCUGAGCUUAUUGGAGAGGCCUUAGAGGAGGUUGCUAUACAUGGGGAUACGCCACCUGGUGUAGAGACCCCAGGAAGUGUCGAUCUACUAGAUGCUGACCAGCAACGCCAAUGGGAGGAAGCAUAUGCUCGCGAGUUCCAGAAACAAAUCAAAAAGGAAGCAGAUGACCAGAAUAUUGGAACAACAUUUGACGUUGCAGGUGCAAAGGCCACACAUUCUACAGAGCAACCUCUGCAAGAUGCAGCCAGCUCGUUCAAGGUAGAUACACUUGCAGAAGGAAAGUCAGUACAGAGAUCACUUUCAUCAUCUCCACCUGCCCUGAAACAAGUCGGAAUUGGCCAUGAAGAUUUUGUGUCCGUAGAGCCUGCUCAGCAAACCAAAACGAGCAAAAAGAGUAAAGGAAUCGCCGAGGCCAAACAGGAGGAGCAGCCCAUCGAGCCGAACGAAAAUAGUGGCUCGCGGGAGCCAGGUCAUCUCGGACUGGAAAGCGAGGCCGAAGGCAAGCCACUGGAUCUGGAAGAGCGCAUUGAUGCCCCCAGUGAAAUCGAGGAUAAGUUUUCAAACGACACCUUCUUGACGGACCAUCCUGUGCCACCAGCCGAAGAAAUCGAAGGCGGCGACUAUUUUGAUAUCAGGCCCCCACAAAGAGCGGAAGAAGAUAUCAGCCGCAAAAGGUCAAGAGAGAUUCGAGCUUCCUUCAUAGAGAACGGAAAAUUGAAGGAGAGCAGUACUCAGGAAGACCGAUUUCCUCUCCGUCAGGAUGUUGAGGCUAUCACUCAGCAAAGUCUGGCGGAAACCCAGGACGAAUGGCCAACUAAGAAAGGCAAGAAGGAUAAGAAGUCAAAAAGGAAGGAAUCACAACGGGACGAUAUCCUUGAGACAGCUGCGGCGUCAGAGCAAAGCCCAGCCUCUAGAACAGAUGACCUUCUUGAGAGACCCUCAGAUGAUGCCGCUCAACAUGCUGCUUCUUUCUCACACAGGCGCAAUGAUGAGGAUAAUAAUGAAGCCUUGGCCGCAUGUGCUACCGUCGGCGGUACGGCUCUCGCCGCUGAAGGUCUCACCCGCAAGCAAUCAAAGAAGGACAAAAAGAAAGACAAAAAGCGUAAGAAGAGUGAUUUCGCAUUUCAAGAUCAGGAGCAACCAAAAGAGGACGAAACCAAGGCUGAGACUGCUAAAACUCAAGAUUCUGCACAGCACGGCGACACCGACGCUCUUCCUUUGGUUGACAUCCCGUCUCAGGACUCUUCACUUGAAACCGCGCGUCUAGUCAAAAAGUCCGUAGCCUUAGAGGAAGAUGGUGGCAGCAAAGACACAAGCAAGACAUUCACCAUCCAAACGCCUGUCCAAUCAGACACAAGCGCCGCUAUUCAACACCGAGUAGAGAGUGAGUACCUUAACGAUCUGCCAAACGCGAGGACAGCGGAUGCUUCAGAACCUACGCAAUCUAUCGAAGAGCCAGAUAUUAUUGACGAGUAUGCGCAUGACGCAGACAACCUUGGUAUUCCAACACAGCGUAAUGUAGCUGAAGAUCAAGCAGGCGAGCAAUUGAGACUGGGUACACAGACAGAACAGGACAUCAUCGGAUCUUAUAAUGAGGAGACCGCAGAACCAAUCGCACCGCUAAUUCACGAACGAGAAGGCGCGUUCUUCGAAGAUCCUGCGCUCAAAGCAGAGCCUGCGAAUGAACCCACCAAUAGGCAAGAGUCAGAGCGACCUGUAACGCCGGAGACAAAAUCAAGACGUAGAAAAUCGCGUCAGGACUCGGUUGUCUACAACAGUGAUGAUUCUGCCGAUUCGGGGUUUGAUAUCCAAAGGCGUCGACGACGAAUGAGUCUUCAAGCAGAAGACGUUCGUCAGCCGUCUCCUGUGGAUUCGACCACGAAAGAUAGAUCCUCGGCUCUAUUCGACUCAUCGCCGUCUGGGCGCGAUGCAAUCUUAGCAGGUCUGCGCGACAAGGACGUAUCAAGAGAAGCUACCAAACCUGACGAACAGGAGGACGACAAAUCCCAAGGCCAAGCUGGGUCCUUCGCUCCAUUCACCGAACCUUCACAAGAUCUUGAAGAAAUAACAAGUGACCGCCCAUCACUGUUUGGUGGACCUUUGCACGUCGAUGAGCCACCGGCCGCCUCUAGAGGUCGAGCACUCACCGAGCUCCGUGGCCGGAGAGCCCCAAGUACUAUCUCAGAGCGCAGUAGCGAAGGGUCACCACGCUCACUUGCUCGACGUAAAGAUAAACGUGAUAUAUCAGACUUAGGCUCCCCUACUCAGGGCCCCAAAGCGAGAAAUCUUUCCAAAGGCCCGUCAGAACAAGGCACAGGAUCAGAGCUCCGUGCUGAGCCUCCUAAGCCCGCAGCACUUCGCACCAAUAAGGAUCUAGAGCCAUCUCGAGACCACCUUCGCUCGCCUGUCAGUGGGGAGUUUGAGCGGGCCUCCAGUCGACAAAGCAACGCCUCAACGGCCCCGAGUCUUAGCGCACACUGGGGCGGACGAUCACCAGGCAUCGGUUCUCCCGACAGCAUUCAUGCCAUCAUCAGAACACCUGAUCAUGUUCGUUCUGCCAGUGGUUCAAGUUUCCGGUCGACAGGGACACCACCGCUGCGGAGAGUGGAUCGCAGUGCCAGCGGAGAUCUACGAGCGGCCAGCAAACGCAGUGAAGGGGGCGCUAAAAUCGGCGCUAACGGUAAAAUUACCGAGGUGGCUGAACCUGCCGAAACCGAAGCUGAAGCCGAACAACUUGAACAACAAUCGGACAUCCCAUAUGCUGCUUCUUCCAAAUAUGAUCCUUUGACUGACAAAGGCAAGGGAAAGGUUGACCUUGAUGAGGAUAUGGCGGACUACGUAAGUACCACUGUCACCCAUCCCGCUGACGCUGCUGACUGCUUCCAACAGGAAGGCUGGGGUGACGUGCGGGGCCAGUCCCCAAUGUCCCCAACGCGCCCGCCGAGCAUGCGCAAGCGUCAGAGUAUGCAGUUUGCGGACAUGGAACAACGUCUUGCCAUGCUAGCGUCUGAGAAUGGGCUUCUGCAAACCGCCAGGUCGAAAGCCGAGAAAAGGCUGGAGGAGCAAGCGAAUGAUCAUAGCCAACAGAGACAGAACUAUGAGGAGGCUUUGAGAGAACACAAAACAUACGUGGUGCAACGCGAUGAUACGCUAAAGGAAAUGAAUCAGAUUCUCCAAGAUUUGCGCCAGCAAGUCGUCGAUCUCACCCAGGUGAACGAGGAACUCGCGCAGUCACGGGAACAGGAGCAAGGAGCUACACGUGAGGAAUGGGAGCAGACAUCAAGAGAAUUAAAGGGUAUGAGAGUGCAACAUGCACGACUUGCGACAGAUCAUGAGGACGCACUUUCAAGGGAGGUUCAGGCCGUACGUGAACGAGACGUAGAGUUGCAACGGUUACGGAACGAGCUUGAGGACGCGAAGGAUCAGAUUCGAAAGCUUCAACAACAAAUCUUAGCCUCGAGAUCAACAGAAGAUAUCGUCGACCGUGACGAAGACUAUUUCGAAGCGAAGUGCCAGGAGCUCUGCAAGCAUCUCACGUCGUGGGUCACGCGCUUUUCGAAGCUUUCCGACAAGCACAGAUGCUUCAUGGCGAGUGAAAUGCGUGAGGAGUCUCAUAGGGAUCUUUUUGAGGACUCGAUACUUGAUGGAUCAGAAGUCGACGAUUACAUCCAAGACCGUGUCAAACGCCGAGACGUGUUCAUGUCCGUGACGAUGACUCUAAUCUUCAAGCACAUCUUCGCCCGCUACCUGUUUGGGAUGGACCAAGAGCAUCGGCAAAAAUUGAAAACACUAGACAAGACUCUUGUUGAAGUCGGGCCAUUACCAGCGGUGCACAAAUGGCGCGCAACAACAUUGAGCCUACUAUCGAAGCGCCCAGCAUUUCAAAGCCAACGCGAGGCGGAGUCAGAAGGUGUGGUUGAAGACAUCUGGUCGACAUUAUCAUCCGCCCUCCCACCACCAUCUACAGCACUAGCCGAGCAAUGCAAGGAUUCUCUCCGGCGAGUGGUUGAAUCGGCUGUCGACCUUCACAUUAACAUGCGUCUGCAACGGGCUGAGUACACCAUGCUCCCACCUCCGGAACCCGACUUUGAUCCAGACACUGGCGAUAUCAAGAACCGCAUUUACUUCGCCUCCGUCUCGAUGAAUGAGCGCAGUGGGAUAGCUACUUCGGACGAGGACCUUGAAGAGCAAGGAGCGUAUCUACGAAUAGUCCUCUUCCCACUCGUUGUCAAGAACACGGAAGAAGAUGAACAGAUUGUUGUCUGCCCUGCCCAGGUUCAUGUCGCGCCCCUCAAGAAGGGCAAGACAGUAAGGGUAUUGAGUGCGCAGAGUGCGAGAAGUGACGACGCUUCUUAUGCUGAUGGUGAGGAUACGCCAAUGGAGACUGGUGUGGAGGAAGGUGGGUUUUUCUAA